AUGAUAAAAAAUUGUUCUCUCUUAGAAUAAUCUUAAAAACCUUUGUAAAUUCCGGAAAUAGAUUAGACUAAAAUAGCAGUUAAAAGUUAUGGAACUGUAUGCAGUUAUGCGGCUAAAACAAAUUAGGGAUUGAUAAGAAAUUAUAAUGAAGAUCGGGUAGCUAUAAUACUUAAUAUUAAAAAACCAAAUAAUAAACCAGUAGAUUUAUAAUGGCCAAAAUGCUCCUUUUUUGCAGUAUAUGAUGGGCAUGGAGGAGAAGCUUGUGCAGAUUAUUUAAAAGAUAAUUUACAUCAGUUUGUUAUAAAAGAUUAAAAUUUCCCAUAUGAUCCGAAAAUGGCAAUUAUAUAGGGCUUUGAAUAAGCUGAAAUACAAUUUCUUAAAAACGUAGAAAAUAAUAUUUAAAAAUAUGGAAUUUUUGAAAAAUCAGGAAGUUGUGCAGUUGUAGCACUUAUUGUCGGUGAAUAAUGUUUUAUUGCUAAUGUUGGAGAUAGUAGGGCUAUUUUAAGUACUGAUUAAGGAAAAUUUAUUAGUGCUUUAACUUAAGAUCAUAAACCUAUGAAUAAAUUAGAAAAUAUUAGAAUACAUUUGCAUGGUGGUAAAGUUUAUUAAACUUAAUUAUAAACAAUUAUUUAAGAAAAUAUUAAUAAUUCUGAAAAUGAUGUUUAAACUAUUUUAGGACCAUAUAGAGUUUUACCAGGAAGGCUUUCAGUUACAAGAACAUUUGGAGAUAUAGAAGCUAAGAUAUAAAAAUAUGGUGGCAAUUAAAAUGUUAUUAUUUCAACCCCAGAAAUAAAAGAAUUUAAAAUUUAAUAAAACCACGAUUUUGUAGUUUUAGCAUGUGAUGGUAUUUUUGAUAAAAGCUCAAGUAAAGAAAUAGGAUAAAUUGUGUGGGAAACAUUUUAAAAUUAUAAAAUAAAUAAGCAAUUACAUGAUUUUUGUGGUAAAUGUGUCGAAAAUAUAAUGAAAUUAUCUCUUACAAGAAGAUCUCUUGAUAAUGUGACAAAUAUAUAUACUAAUUCUGAUAUAGUAGAAAUUUCAACUUUUGGUGAACCUUCUGAAGAAGCAUAAAAACACGAACAUGAAUCUGAAGUAAAUGAAAUUUUGAAUAAAUAUAAUAUUAAUGUAGAUGAGAUUUAAAAAGAUUAAAAUAAUAUACUUGCUGAAAUCUAUGAGGUGGGUACUUAAGAAUUGAUAAAUGCCAAAUAGACAUGUUCAAAUGGAUAUAAUAAUUAAAAUUCGGAUGUGAAUGAAGCAUAAAUAGUUUAGUAAUUGGUAGGAGAAAAAUAGGUAGAAGAAGAAGAAGAAAUAGUUUAUUAAAUUGAUGAAAACGGAUAUUUAAUGGAUGAUAAUGGAAAUUAUAUACUCGAUGCAGAUGGAUAGUUAAUUAAAUUAGAUGAAGAAUAAAUUGAAUAUGCUAAAUAAAAUGCCAUGAUUGAUAUUACUAUAUCAAGGUAAGAAGAUAUUAGUAGAUUUAUAUGCUUAAGAGCUUAACUUAAUAAAAACUACGAACAAUCAUACAUGGAACUUGCAAAAUAAUACAAUAUAAGUCCUUAAGAAUUAACUUUGAUUUCUAAAAUUGGAUCAUUGGAUUUAACUACAGCAAAAUAUUUUACUAAUGAAAAUGUUUAUCUUCGUGAAAAACAAAAUGUAGAAAGAUAAUAUAGAAUUUUUUAAAAACCAGAAUGGGGAAAUCUUAAAAAAAAAGCAAAUGAAAUAUAAUAAAAACAUCCUCAAAUAUUAAAAAAUUUAGCCAAAGUCGAAGGUUUAAAAGAGGCUUAUUAAGACUUAAACCAUUUUUAUGAUAUAAUUUUUGAAUUAUCUUAUUAAGCAUUAUAGAAUCUUAAAAAUUUAAAAUCUUCUAACUUACUAAGUUAAAUAUAGGAAGAUCAAUAUACUAAAAUAAAUUAAGAAAUCGAAAAAUACUCUUUAGAAUUAUAAUAAAAAUACUAAUUAGAAAAUUUAUAAGUUUCUCAAAUAAUUUAAAGUUUAUAAUCUUUAUUCCAAAAAUAUAAAGAAGAUCCCGCCUUGUUUAUGUUUAGAAUAUAAACUCAAUUAAUAAACAGAGGUUUAAUUGAAGAUUUAUCGAAAUAAGUAGAAUAAACAUAAACACCUGAAGUCCAAAUUUAAAAUUUAGAUGCUUUAGAUAAUUAAUUUAUCAAAGAAAUCGAAAGCAGUUAAGGUUCUGAAUAAUAAUUUUUAUAAAAUAUUUCCUAAGAAUAAACCGAAAACAUCUUAUAGAAAAUCCUAGCAGCUAAUUUGUAACUAAAUAUAAAAGACGAAGAAUCAUUAUAAGAAGCUAAUGAAAUAGUUAAUAAUGGAAAAUAUAAUAGAGUAGGCGCUUUAUCAUCCAAUGAAGUAGAAACUUUCUAAUUCAAUCCUAAAGACAAAUUAAUUGAUGAAUUUAACGAAUAAGCUAAUAAAGAAAUAGGAAACAAUGAUUGGGUCAAUGGAAGAAAGUUAAUUUUCGAAGCAUAAAUUUAAAAUAGACCAGAAUUAAGGUAUUAUAUCUUAGCUAUGCUUUGUGGAGUGUCAUUUGCUUAUUUCUUAUAUUCAGGAGAUGCUAAGUAUAAAACCUUAGUUUUAACUCCUUUAGUUGGAGUAAGUUCUUUAAUACUUUUUAAGAGAAAUUAUGCUUCCAAUUCAGUAGCUAAAUUAAAGGAAUUGUAUUUACAUAAAGACGGAAAAUUAAUUGAUGCGGUUAUUUAAAAAAAUCAAGAAAUCUAAACAAAAACUAAUAUUCCAAUUAAUUAAGUGAAAUUGUAUAGAGGAGAUCAUUUAGUUAAACUUGAUAUGGAAGAAUUAAAUAAAAAUUAAUCUUUGAAAAAAAUAGUAGAAAAAAAUACUAAUGGAAGUUUCAAAAUACAUUCUUCUAAAUUGAGAGAAUCUAUUGGUAGAGAUGGAUAAUGGCUAUAAUUAGGUGAAAGUGAAGUUAUUGUACCUUUUAAUAAUUUCGGACAUAGAUUAUUAUUAAAGGAAGUUUUUAAAGGAUAAGAAGUCGCAUAAUUACCUUGA